UCUCUCAGUAACAGAAAGUGGCCGCCUCUCUGCUGUUGCUGCCGACUCAAAGCUCACAGACUCGCUCGGCGCCUCAAACCGCCAUUUUGGAGUCAGAGAACCGAGAGUCGGCAGCAGCGGAAAGAGAGACGAAAAGGGGGACACGGGGCCGAGGGUUUUCACCUUUGUCUGAUCAUUAAUUUUACAAUCAAGAACAAUGGCAUCCCUUACUGAGAAGUAAAAGUUGCUGCCCUGCUGGGCAGAGGUGUCUGUGCUGCAUGGCGUCAGGGCAGGGUGGCCGGCUGGAGGUUGGGGCAUCAGGGAACUCUGGCCUGGCCAAACCUCUCUACCUGCAGCGCUUGGAAAGAUCCCUGAGGUUAGACAGUUUCCUGCGCCAGACCGCUGCCAUCUUUAAUGGAGACGUAACCAGUGAUGACAGCGAUGACAGUGAUGGUGCAUUGGGGACAGGGCUGUCACUGGACCCCUCCACUCAGCAUACAGCUUUGACAGUGAAGAGUGAGCCGUGUGAAGAAGGGGAUGGAUUUGCAGAGGGAAAGCCCCUCAACGGAAUUCUGCUGCAAGGUAAAGACCAAAAGGCAGAUAAAACCAGCUUCUACAAUUUCUCCAAGCUGAAGAAGAACAGGAAAUGGCUAAAGAAUAUCCUGUUGAGUGACGACACCACAGACUCGGACACAGACUCAGAUGACUCUGACUUUAGUUUGUCUCGGGAGGAGCUGCAUGACAUGCUGAGGCUACAUCGCUUCACCAGGCAGCAUCAGAGCAAGUUCCACUCUGACCGAGAGCUUCACCAAUAUCAGUACUACAGCACUGGACUCCUCUCUACUCAUGACCCCUUCUAUGAGCAACAGCGCCACCUACUGGGCCCAAAGAAGAAGAAAAUCAAAGAUGAGAAGAAAUUCAAGGCCAAACUGAAAAAGGUGAAGAAAAAGAAGAAACGGGGAGAGGGAGAGUUUCUGGAUGAUGGGCGUCCUUAUGUGACCAAGAUCUUCGCAAAGUUUUCCCAUGAUGCGCCCUUGCCCGUGGUGAAGAAGAAACAUCUCACCAUUGAGCAGCUGAAUGCACGCCGACGUAAGGUCUGGCUCACUAUCGCUAAAAAGGAGAUCCCCAAGUCUUUCAAGCAGAAGACCUCUGCUAAGAACUUAGUAUUGACCAAUGCUAAAAAGUUGGCUCAUCAGUGCAUGAGAGAGGUUAGGCGUGCAGCCAUCCAGGCCCAGAAGAACUGCAAGGAAACAUUACCUCGGGCUCGCCGCCUCACCAAGGAGAUGAUGCUUUACUGGAAGAAAUACGACAAAGUAGAGAAGGAGCACAGGAAGAGGGCAGAGAAGGAGGCCCUGGAGCAACGUAAACUGGAUGAAGAGAUGAGAGAAGCCAAGCGUCAGCAGCGUAAACUGAAUUUCCUCAUCACGCAGACAGAGCUGUAUGCUCAUUUCAUGAGCGGUAAAGCCAGCAUGGGGGGUCCAGAAGGAGAUACAGCUCAGGAGGAAAUUCUGAGAAAGCUGGAAGACACUGCGGCGCAGAGACAGAUUGACAUUGGAGGAGGCAUAAUGGUCAACAUGGGACAGGAGGACUAUGAUAGUGAACACUACAAAUCCCAGGCCUUGAGGAAUGCCAAAGAAGCCUACCAGAUUCACCAAGAGAGAACACGAAUGUUUGAUGAGGAGGCUAAGGACAGUCGCAGUGCGUCGCUACACACAGCUUGUGGCUCAUCCUCGGGCGCCGGCUCUGGGUUUGGAGAGAGCUACAGCCUUUCCAACCCAUCCAUCCAUGCAGGUGAAGACAUUCCUCAGCCCACCAUCUUCAACGGCAAACUCAAGGGUUACCAGCUCAAGGGUAUGAACUGGCUGGCCAACCUCUAUGAACAGGGAAUCAAUGGAAUCCUGGCAGAUGAGAUGGGACUGGGGAAGACAGUCCAGAGUAUCGCCCUGCUGGCACACCUAGCAGAGAGAGACAACAUCUGGGGCCCAUUCCUGAUCAUCUCUCCUGCAUCCACACUCAACAACUGGCACCAGGAGUUCUCCCGCUUUGUGUCCAAAUUCAAGGUGUUGCCAUACUGGGGGAAUCCUCAUGAUCGCAAGGUGAUUCGGAAAUUUUGGAGCCAGAAAACCCUUUACACACAAAACGCGCCAUUCCAUGUCGUGAUCACAAGCUACCAGCUGGUGGUCCAGGACGUCAAGUACUUUCAGAGGGUCAAGUGGCAGUACAUGGUUCUGGAUGAGGCCCAGGCACUGAAAAGCAGCACCAGCGUUCGGUGGAAAAUCCUGCUGCAGUUCCAGUGUCGAAACAGACUGCUGCUAACCGGGACGCCCAUCCAGAACACGAUGGCUGAGCUGUGGGCCCUGCUGCACUUCAUCAUGCCUACAUUGUUCGAUUCCCAUGACGAGUUUAACGAGUGGUUCUCCAAGGACAUCGAGAGCCAUGCUGAAAACAAGUCUGCCAUUGAUGAGAACCAACUUUCCAGACUGCACAUGAUCCUUAAACCUUUCAUGCUGCGCCGAAUCAAGAAGGAUGUGGAAAACGAGCUCUCAGACAAGAUUGAGAUUUUGACCUACUGUCAGCUGACGUCCCGGCAAAGGUUGCUCUACCAGGCUCUGAGGAACAAGAUCUCUAUUGAGGAUCUGCUGCAGUCCUCCAUGGGCACGGCCCAGCAGUCCCACAGCACCACCUCCUCCCUCAUGAACCUGGUCAUGCAGUUCAGAAAGGUGUGUAACCACCCUGACUUGUUUGAGCGCCAGGAGACACGCUCUCCUUUCCACAUGUCCCUCAAGCCCUACAUCAUGUCUAAGUUCCUCUAUCGUCAUGGCCUCAUCCACGCACACAACCAGGCCAAAAACAAAUUACUUCAAGUACAGUUGUCUCCCUUCUCCCCAAAUCACAUCCAGCAGUCUCUUUUUCACAGAAAAGGUGAUGACAAAGGAAGCUGUUUCUCGUUCCUGCGCUUCAUCGACGUGUCACCAGCUGAGAUGUCCAAUCUCAUGCUGCAAGGCACCUUAGUGAGAUGGUUAGCCCUUUUUCUGUCCCUCAAAGCUGCAUAUCGGCUCCACUAUCAACGCCUGUUCGGCCUUGAAGAAGAGGGUCAGGAGGAAACCAGAGAGUGGGAGGGGGAGAGAGAGAGGUUACAGCCCAGGAGUAAGUGUCUGUCUCACAAGGACCUAAUUCUGUGGCUGAACAGACCCACCACUUUCCCAAACACGCAUACCAGCCCUGUCCUACAGGACCUGGUGUUCACAGCCUUCAGGCCCGGCAUGGUGGGACACACAGAUGUGAUGAUCCACAGUCGAAACUCUGCCACCUACUCGCUGUGGCCCUGCCAGCCCACACUGCCACCCAAGUUCCUGCUAGCCGCCACGCCCAGAGUGACAGCAGUUCCCAUGGAGCGUUAUUGUGACGACCGUAGUGCAGAGUACGAGUGGCGGGUGACACGCAGUGGAGGGGGCACAAUCUUCAAACAGUGUUUCCUCUACGGCUCCCCUGAACUUGCCUCAGACUGGUGUAUGAGGGCCAAUGCCUUCCACCCACAAUGCCCUGGGGGUGUGAUGGCCCUCUGCCCACGACAUGGAUGGUCCUUCAUACGGAUACCUGAUAAGGAGAGCCUGAUCACGGAAAGUGGCAAGCUCCACACCUUGGAUAUCCUGUUGAGUCGGCUAAAGGCCCAGGGACACAGAGUCCUCAUCUACUCCCAAAUGACCCGCAUGAUAGACCUGCUGGAGGAGUACAUGGUUUAUCGUAAGCACACCUACAUGCGCCUCGAUGGUUCCUCCAAGAUUUCUGAGCGCAGAGACAUGGUGGCUGACUUCCAGAGCCGGACGGAUAUCUUUGUCUUUCUGCUGAGUACGAGGGCUGGAGGGCUUGGCAUUAACCUGACUGCUGCUGACACUGUUAUCUUCUAUGACAGUGACUGGAACCCCACAGUGGACCAGCAGGCCAUGGACAGAGCUCACAGGCUGGGUCAGACCAAGCAGGUCACUGUCUAUCGCCUCAUCUGUCAGGGUACCAUCGAGGAGAGGAUCCUGCAGCGGGCCAAGGAGAAAAGCGAGAUCCAAAGGGUGGUGAUCUCUGGAGGCAACUUCAAACCAGACACACUCAAACCCAAAGAGGUGGUCAGCCUGCUAUUGGAAGAUGAUGAGCUGGAGAAUAAAUUGCGUCAGAGACAGGAGGAGAAGAGGCAGCAGGAGGAGAGCAGCAAGGUGAAAGAGCGCAAGAGAAAGAGGGAGAAGUACGCCGAGAAGAAGAAGAACGAGGAGUCUGAGAACAAGAGGAAAAAGGAGGUGAACCUGGUCAUCUCUCAUGCGCCCUCAGCCGACAACUCCAACCUCUCUGCAGAUGGAGAUGACUCCUUCAUCAGCGUUGAGAUGGACUCGGCCAUGCCCAGUCCCUUUAGUGAGUUCCCUCUUGUUCCCUGUGGUGCUGACUCCCAGCCUGUGUGUAUGUCUGUGUGUGCUCCUGUGCACGGCCAGAUCUCCCUGAGCAGCGAGCUCCAGCCCGGCUCGUUACCCCCGGAUGCCGACGCAGACGAGAGCAGCAGCGACAUGCUGGUCAUCGUGGAUGAUCCGGUGUCCUCGGCGCCGCAGUCUCGUGCCACCAACUCCCCUUCCUCUGUGUCUGGAUCAGUCUCCGACAACAUGAACGGUGUUUCAGCCUUGGACACAAUCAGUCCGGGCAGAGGCAGGUCUGGGCGGAGUCGUGGGCGGCCUAAGGGAUCAGGAGGCGGGGCGAAGUCUGUAGGGAAAGGGCGUGGGCGCAAGUCAACAGCGGGCAGUGCGGCAGCUAUGGCAGGAGCGAUGGCUGGUGCGGCAGCUGCAUCUGCAGCAGCUUAUGCUGCUUACGGUUACAGUGUUUCUAAAGCAGGCCUCUCUGCGUCCAGCCCCCUGCAGCCCUCCCUGGGCCGGUCUGGUACCAGCCCCGCCUUCAACCCCAGCAGAAGCUCCUCUCCCCAGGCCAAAGGGGGCACCUCCACCCCAAGCCCCCACAAACAGCUGGCUCACAGCCACCACCACAGCAGCCACAGUGCAGUCAGGAAGGGCAAGGGCCCUGGUGGUCCUGGGGCUCGAUAAUGCACUGUACACACAUGAAUGUGCCCUCACACACGCACAACUGUCUCAGUAUAGAAUACACACACACACACACACACACACUCACACAUAACUGACCUACUCUCACUGUGACAGGCACCCUACCACUAGACUAAUAAAAAGAUAAUACAGUAUAUAUAGUAACUGAGGUUCACUACCUGGAAGACCAUGCUGUGUCUGCUGGCUCAGCAACUAAAAGGACCCUUUUCUCACACACACACACACACACACACACACACACACACACACACAGACAGUCGUUUGAAGGUACAGUCUCUACCAGCCUCCACAUUUCUUGGUUCAGUUUUAUUUUAAUGUGUCCGGGUCAGUGGACGAAAUCUGCCUUGAGUAUUUUUGUUUGCAUUGUGACAAGAGUAUUUCCAAGUGCUUUUUGAGGAGACAGACUGUACUUUUCUAUUACUAAGACAGGAAACUGUUGUGAUUGGCUACCUAGCUGUGAUGUUACAACAAAGACGUGAACCAACACAUGUAGCGUAAAGGGCUUUCAAAUUCUUGUGUUUGCCAGGGUAGAAGGGCAAAGGAGUUUCUGUCAAAUGCACUGAGCCAUGUCUUCCAUUUUUUGGUGUUAUUGAUUCUCAUACAUGUACAUUAGGUUAUUUAAUUGUUCUGUAGAUACGCUCAGUGCAAACUGAUGGAUGAUUCUGCAUUUCACAGAGCUAAAUGUGAACCCAUACCUUUACCAACCCACUCUUAACCAAACAAUGUCUACAGCUUUUCUACUAAAGCUCUUAUUUUUGUAAUAAAAGAUGAGUACCCAUACAAACAUGGCAGGUCUUAGAAUUUUGAACAUUUUUUGUCCAUAAAAUGUAUUCCCGUACAGACUGAAAUGAAAAUCGAUUAUAUAUUUUUUGCCCAAUGGGGAAAAUGAAUGAAUGGAUGAUGUAAAAAACAAAAACAAAAAAAAAACCCAUUAUAUUCCAAAAUGAGGGGUACUGGUUGAUCCGGCAACGCUGCUAACAGUAAAUUUAUGAAUUCACUCAUAUUAUUUGGUUGUCUAAUAUUUAAAUUAUUUGAGUUAUGUUAAAAAUGGUAAUUCUUGAUAAUUGCGAAUGGGAUAUUCACCUGUAAAUCAGUGUAAUUUGUAUUGAAGCCAUUUUUAUUUUACAGAAAUCGUUUGUUUGUGAUGAGGAGUCUGUGGUUCUCUUUGAUGUCAUUGAUGUUUUAGGGGAAAAAAAGGUUUGCAUCAGUGUCCUAAGUUGAGCACUACAUCUGUUAUAGGUUUGUUUGUUUUGUGUUAAUAGUGUGAUUAAAAUAUGAUGUUCUAUAUUGAUGUACAUAAUGAUGAGAGCGACAUUUCCUCUGGCUUUCCCCUCAUUUGCCUGUCUAUUUUUAUAGGUCAUGUGUACAUAUGAAGAAAUGCAUCUGCCAUUUUACUAACAGGAGGAGCCAACUAAAAAUAAAAGAGUGCUGAAUCAGUC